CCGACGCACAUCCACUCGGCACAGACAGUUGCUCCUUUCCUCGCCGCCGCACUUUGGAGCCCCACCUCGUCCUUCCUUGAUCUCACGCGCGCGUGCGCCCAUGGGGAGGAUAAAGAGUGGGCGACGCACGACGGCGGCGGCGCCGCCGCUGCUACUGCUACUGCUCCUCGUCGGCGCGUCGCUGCAAGGGCGGUGCAUUGCGCAGGGCGGCGGAGCAGGGCUCACGCGGGGGAGCUUCCCCAAGGGGUUCGUCUUCGGCACCGCCGCCGCCGCCUACCAGUACGAGGGAGCCGUGGAGGUGGAUGGCAGAGGACAGACUAUCUGGGACACGUUCGCGCACACGUUCGGCAAGAUUUCCGACUUUAGCAACGCCGAUGUUGCUGUUGAUCAGUACCACCGUUUUCAGGAGGAUGUGCAGCUCAUGGCAGACAUGGGAAUGGAUGCUUACCGGUUUUCGAUUGCCUGGUCGAGGAUUUUGCCAAAUGGUACCGGCCAAGUCAAUCAGGCUGGCAUCGACCACUACAACAAAGUGAUUGAUACACUAGUAUCAAAAGGAAUUCAGCCAUAUGUAACCCUCUACCACUGGGACCUCCCUCAGGCCCUGGAAGACAGGUACAAUGGAUGGCUGGACAGGCAGAUAGUUGACGAUUUUGCGGCCUAUGCUGAGACAUGCUUCAAGGCUUUUGGGGAUCGUGUGAAGCACUGGAUCACGCUCAACGAGCCGCACACCGUUGCUAUUCAGGGCUAUGAUGCGGGUCUUCACGCACCAGGACGCUGUUCAGUGCUGCUCCACCUCUACUGCAAGUCAGGGAAUUCCGGCACUGAACCCUACAUCGUCGCUCACAACUUCAUCCUAGCUCAUGCCACCGUUUCAGACAUCUACAGGAGGAAAUACAAGGCAACUCAGAAUGGCCAGCUUGGGAUUGCAUUUGAUGUCAUCUGGUACGAACCGAUGACAAAUAGCACAAUCGACAUUGAAGCUACCAAAAGGGCACAAGAGUUUCAGCUAGGAUGGUUCGCGGAUCCGUUCUUCUUCGGAGAUUACCCGGCGACGAUGAGAAAGAGGGUUGCAGAAAGACUGCCCAAGUUCACAGCAGAUGAGUCUGCCCUUGUCAAGGGGGCUCUGGACUUUAUGGGCAUAAACCACUACACUACUUUCUACACGAGGCAUAACGAGACCAACAUCAUUGGACGAUUGCUGAAUGAUACCUUGGCCGACACCGGAGCCAUCAGCCUUCCAUUCGACAAGAACGCGAAACCAAUUGGAGACAGGGCCAAUUCGAUCUGGCUGUACAUCGUGCCCAGCGGGAUGAGGAAGCUGAUGAACUAUGUCAAGGAGAGGUACAAUAGCCCACCCGUUUACAUCACUGAAAACGGUAUGGACGACGGCAACAGCCCUUUCACUUCCAUCAAUGACGCCCUCAAGGACAGCAAGAGGAUCAAGUACCACAACGACUACCUCACCAACCUCGCUGCCUCCAUAAAGGAGGACGGGUGCGACGUGCGUGGCUACUUCGCGUGGUCGCUGCUGGACAACUGGGAGUGGGCCGCCGGGUACACCUCGAGAUUCGGACUCUACUUCGUAGACUACAAGGGCAACCUCAAGAGAUACCCCAAGAACUCGGUGCAGUGGUUCAAGUCGCUGCUCAGCUCCAGCUGAAGACGGCAGAUAUAGUUAGUCUGGCCAUACUUGUAUAUAUCAUCUUCAGCUAUUAUGUUCUACGCAAGCACACAUGCUCCAGUGUACAUGUUCCAUUCUUCUCAGUGGCGAAGCCAGGAAUGAAAGGCAGGGGGGCUGGAGCCCCCUCAGCCCUCCCUGUAGAUCCGCCCCUGAUUCUUAUGGUUUAGCCAUCAGCCUAUCAAUUCUGAUCCGACACACACACGGAGGAUAUUAGAAAUUAAAACAGCUUAUAAUUACAAAAGUGAACAGUUGAUUUCAGA